UCCACAAUCCCAUCAUUGGUUAGCGGGUUAAGUGAAUCAGUAUUCUUUUCCGCAUCCACAGCAGCAUUAUUCAUCGAAUCAUCUUUCUCACAAUCUGUCUUCGAAUCCGUUGUAUCAUUAUCUACAGAAGAAACUGUGUUAGAUUCAUUGUCAAAUACACAGUCAGUUGUGUCAAUUUUUAUUACACGAACUGUUUCAAGUUCACUUGCUGAAUCAAACAUGUCAUUUUCAAUCUCUAUCGAACAAACAUCGUCAUUUCUCUCUACCAAAUCAGCAGUUCCUUUGUCAUCCGAAUCGUCAGGGUUAUCAGUGUAUACCGACUUAACAGGUUCUCUUCGCGAUUCUACAGAGUCAACAGUUAUGACCGAAUCUACAGCAGAAAUAUUGUCUACCGAUUCACAACUUCCCUUUGAAACAACAGUUCAAUCAUUAUUCUCAGUGGAACAAACAUUGAUAUUGUCAUUACCUCCUAUCAAAUCAACAAUUUCAUCCACAUUGUUAUUUGAGCCAACAACAUCAAUAGUUUCUUCGGAACAAAUAGUUCCGGUAUCAUUCAAUGAAUCAACACCUUUUUCUUCGAUGAUAACCGAACAAACAAUAAUACCAUUUUCUUUAGAAUCAACAGCUCAAUUGUCGUCGAAUAAACAAACAGUUCAACUAUCAUCAACUGAACCAACAGUUCAAUUAUCAACUUCUGAAUCCAGUAUUUAAUUAUUAUCGACUGAACCAUCGUUUCAAUUAACAUCGACUGAAUCAACGUUUCUAUUAUCAUCGACUGAAUCAACAGUUAAGUUGUCAUCAACGGAAUCAACAGUUCAGUUAUCUUCGACUGAAACAACAGUUCAUUUUUUAUCGAAUAAAUCAACUGUUCAGUUAUCAUCAACUGAAUCGACAAUGAUAUCAUCAAUGUCUAUUGAACAAUCAAUUCCAUUGCUUUCUACAGAAUCAUUAGUUUCCUUUUCAUCGCCAGAAUCAACUGUUCAGUUAUUAUCGACUGAAUCAGCAGUGCUAUCUUCAAUGCCAAUUAAACAAACAACAUCAUCCAUUCCUUUAGAAUCAACAGUUCUCUUUUCACCUACUAAAUCAACUGUAUUGUCCACACCAGUACUAACAUCAACACCACCAAUUGAUGGUACACAACCAGACGAUACGAAUCAUCCAGAUUUUUCUUCUCUUUCUGUUGUCAUUCCUAUAGCUAUAUUGUGUGCCAUAUUAAUUGUAUUGGUUGCUACAGUGUUAAUAAGAAGUGUACAAUUUAGGAACACUUACUCAAGAUUUAAUAGAAACUCAUUGUUCAUUAACAGUGAUUCUAUAAACUCAGUAACCACUAUUGUGUCAGAUGACAACCCAAGUUUUUUUCAUAUGGUUACAGCUUACAAGGCAAAAAUAAAUUAUACCGGUGAUCCAUGCAAAAGAUACACGCCAACUGGUGACUAUUGGUAUUAAAGGUGACCAGGACAAGAUUCAACGAUUGAAAACGAGAGCUGCUAGCCGCAUCUUUUAAUCAUUACCUUUUCGUUUUUGAAAGUAUAUCGUUGAUAAUGCAUAGCCACGGCCCGUCUAAAACUAGUAAUUUACAAAUGUAUAAAGUGUUUUCUGAUUUUUCAAUGAAGAUCAAUCAGCUAGUAAAACAUCAAGGAACAGAAAACUCACUGUAUGAAGGAGUGUAUAGUAGAAUGAAAAAAGCAUGAUGCAUUUUGCAUGUUAUAUUAGAGUGUAUAAUCUUACAGACAAUGUAUCAUUACCUCAACGUUCAAUACUAUGUUUCAAACAUAUAUG